AUGUGCACCGUCAGCCGCUUGUCCAACAACGUCCUGACACCCGCCGAAGCCACGCCCAUUCCCGCCCACACCGCCCAGAGAGUGGAAGAAAUGGAGUUCUCGGAGAAACUGCGCAAUCCAUGCUCCCUGGUCGAUGCCAGCCAGCUAGAUACUUCAUCGAUCACAACAGGCAGCGAGCAACAGCAACGAGACCAGAGACAGAUGAUCCUAGACGAACUCAAAGCCAAAGCUGUGUUACUCAAAGAUACUGCCGGGACUAUCCUCAGAAGGAAUGUCUUACAAGACUGCAAUACAUUAGAGCUGCCAACAGUGGCUGUGAUUCCCUCGGAAGAAGAUUUAAAUAACAAAGAGCCCGUGGAAAUUCUGCCGCUGUUCUACACAUCUCUCCUGAACCACACAGCCCACAUGUACUUUAUUUCCGACUCACUGCAACAGCAUGCCUCCGACGGAAGUUGCAACAAUCCAGAGCUGGUCACAAGUGCCAAGUCCCUGGCUACUAACAUGAGGGCGCUGAUGUGCCUUCUUCGAUUCUUCAGCGCAGUCCUGGAAGCCACAGAGUCUGCCGCCCCCACGACAGACCUCUACGCCGAAUCUACGCAGCAGAUCCUUGACGAAGAACUCGUGGACCAACCAGUCUGUUCCUUGAGGUUGGUCAGGGACUGUCAGACUGUGGGUAGUUCAGAGACGCUACUCAGAAGACUUUCAGAUUACUUGGAAAGGAAGGGAGUGCUGCAAGUAUCUCCAUGGAAGUACUGUAAGUAUCCGAAGAGAUUUAUUGCAAGUAAUGCCUACAGCAAGCACGAUGAUAUAUCGCUGGAGAUGUUCCGGAAAGCCCGAGUGUUUUUCCAGUCAAGCCAAGCUGCUGCGAGAGAUUCUUCCGGAUCCUGA